UAUGGGACACAGGCAGAGCCUGACUAUGAGGUGUACUUGCAUAGAAAUGGGAGGGCAUGACGUUUUGGCCGCAGAGGGAGCUGUUUUUAAUUGGUUGUGCAGUGAGAAAGACAACAUCCUGAUCUUAAAAAUUGAAAAUCAUUUUGGGGUUCAGAUAGUAGAGGACAAGAUGCAUCUAUAUCGAUUGAGGCUGGUCGUUACCUUGGUUACUAGUGCCGCAAACAAUGCUAGAGAGAAGGGACAAUUGGAAAACAAGAUGGUUGACAACCAUAAAGACACCACGACGAAGACAGGAGCAAUGUCACACUUCGGAAUCGUGGCUGCUGGAGAAAGGGAUGCAUGCCCAAUACCGGAGCCCUCUCAAAACUAUAUAGAUACAUCAUAA